AAAUAAAAGUUUGUACUAUUUACCACACUUAUCACGUAUCAAGUAAGCGUACAGGUGUAACAGGAGACCAACAACAGGAUGUUGAAGCUGCUAGUGUUCCUCGCUCUUGCCAUGGCAAUCGCUGCAGCGCCUUGCGCCAUGGAAGAUAUACCUGGAGUAAGUAAGGCCAACAUGGAUAGACUGCGUCAAAUAAUGGAUCCUCGACCGAGGAUUGAAGAAUGGGAGAACAGUUUACCGACAGCGGAAAAGGCUGCAGCUAUAGCUUACAGAGAACAAAUACACGAAAAACAUCAUGCUGAGUUUCUUAGCAGAGACAUUCCCGGUGUGAGCAAAGCUAGUAUGGAUAGGCUACGUCAGAUAAUGAACCCGAGACCAGAUGGGCCGGAAGAUUUUGAAAAGAAGAUAAACGAAUGGAUAGAUAGUCUACCACCAGAGGAUAAGGCCGCAGCAGAAGCGCACCGGGAAGAAAUGCAUAAAAGACGUGGCCCUCCUCCACCCCGUCCUUCGUUCUAAAAACUAUACUCAGGACGGACCACGUAGUCGGGAUAGUGUAUUCUCAUCAUUGCCGUGCCGUAGCUAAUAAAGAAAAAUCUAGCGAUAUUUUGCACAU